UUAGUCUAUAAAACAUUCGCGUAAACACGCACGAGGCGCAGCAACAUCGCGGAAGGAAGUUUUCUAGAAAAUAAGAACCUUAUCAAAACGCGUGCAAAAUGAGUGCAUCCCGAUUUUUCCACCUACAGAAGUUGGCCAAAUCCACUUUGGUGAAUCGAAGAGCGAUAUCGUCCGGAUUUAACCUGUCCAGACGCAUGAUCCAGGCAGAAAAACAAUCAUUAGCUCCAGUUUUCCGUCUGUCUCGGGCCUUUUCCACGGAAGCGGCCCAGGAGAAAACCGGGUACCAUUCAAUCAUUCGUGAUUCGGAGAAGGCCGUGGGCGAUAGCGACAAACAUGAAUUCCAGGCCGAAACUCGUAUGUUGUUGGACAUUGUUGCCAGAUCGCUGUAUUCCGAUAAGGAAGUUUUUGUCCGUGAACUGAUCUCCAAUGCCAGUGAUGCUUUGGAGAAGUUCCGCUAUACGAUCCACACGGCCGGCGAGGGUGAGAAGAAUUUUGCUGAGGCUGAUCGGUCAAUGGAGAUUCACAUUGGGACCAAUAAGCAGGAUCGAAUUUUGACGGUUCAGGAUACCGGGAUCGGUAUGACCAAGGAGGAAUUGAUCGCAAACUUGGGCACGAUAGCCAGAUCUGGGUCGAAACAUUUCAUGGAACAGAUCAAAGAGAAGGGAGUUAGCGCUGAUAAUGCUCAGAAUAUUAUCGGUCAGUUUGGUGUAGGGUUCUAUUCGGCGUUCAUGGUGGCUGACAGAGUUGAUGUCUAUACGAGAUCCUCCCAGGUCGGUUCACCUGGUUUCAAGUGGUCGUCGGAUGGUUCUGGAAACUUUGAGAUUCAAGAGGCGGAAAAUGUUCAAAUUGGAACCAAAAUCGCCAUUCAUCUUAAGGCGGAUUGUCGCGAAUUUGCUGAUGAAGAUCGCAUCCGGGAAGUUAUUCGCAAAUACAGUAACUUUGUCGGAAGUCCGAUUUAUUUGAACGGUAAGCAAGCCAAUCAAAUUCAACCCAUUUGGCUGAUGGAACCCAAAGAUGUUAAUCAAGAUCAGCAUAACGAAUUUUACCGUUUCGUCGGAAAUACUUUUGAUACUCCUCGUUACACUCUGCACUACAAAACUGAUGUCCCUUUGAGUAUUCGUGCACUGCUGUACUUCCCUGAGGGCAAACCAGGAUUGUUUGAAAUGUCGCGCGAUGCCGAAGUGGGCGUUGCCUUAUACACCCGCAAGGUGCUGAUCCAGUCCAAAACCGAAAAUCUGCUGCCCAAAUGGCUCAGAUUCGUGAAGGGUGUUGUAGAUUCCGAAGACAUUCCGCUGAACCUCAGCCGUGAGUUGUUGCAAAAUAGUGCACUGAUUCGAAAGCUUCGCACCGUUUUGACUAAUCGAGUUCUACGCUUCCUGCACGAUCGCGCCGUGAAAGACCCUGAAAACUACGACAAAUUCUACAAGGACUACGGCCUUUUCCUGAAGGAAGGAAUUGUCACAAGUCAGGAGACUCAAGAGAAGGAAGAAAUCGCUAAACUCCUACGAUUCGAAACAAGUAAGGAAGAAGGAAAGAAGGUCAGCCUCCCGGAAUAUUGCAACAGUCAACUGGAAGGACAAAAGGAUAUCUACUACCUGGCAGCUCCGAAUCGUACCCUGGCCGAAGCAUCACCCUACUAUGAAUCCCUAAAGAAGAAGGGAUUCGAAGUUCUAUUCUGCUACGAAGCGUACGACGAGUUGGUUCUCAUGCAAUUGGGACAAUUCCUCGGCAAGAACCUUGUAUCGGUGGAGAAGGAAAUGCGCCGUUCCGACAAAUCGGACGACACCGCCGAUCAACAAAUCGAAGGAUCUCUGCUGAAAACCCAGGUCGACGAACUGCUGCCAUGGAUCAAGCAAAAGCUCACUGGAAUGGUCACCUCGGUCAAGACGACGAACAAACUCGAUGCGCAUCCUUGUGUGGUGACGGUGGAGGAGAUGGCAGCGGCCAGGCAUUUCAUCAAAACACAAAGCCACAACAUGAGCGAAGAGCAUCGGUACGCUCUGCUGCAACCCCAGUUGGAGAUUAAUCCAAAGCAUCCGAUUAUCAAGAAGUUGCAGAAAUUGACUACAUCAGAUCCAGAAUUAGCUGAAUUAUUGGCCAAGCAGUUGUUCUCAAAUGCCAUGGUGGGGGCGGGUCUGGUAGAGGAUCCACGAAUGCUUCUGACUAGUAUGAAUGAUUUGUUGGAAAAGGUGUUGGAGAAGCACUAAAAUGCGAGUGUAAUUGAGGUAAGUGAUGGAAUGUGUUAAUCGUAAUGUAUGUUGAUGUUGAUUGGUGAAUAAUCAUGAAAAUAGUAAAAAC